ACCAACUAUUGAAUAGUUGUUCAUUAGCCCAGUCUGAUAUUGACACGAUACGGAGAUUAUGAUUAGUUCACCUUGACACACGAUAACAUAAAUAAAGAGGACUGUAUCCUGUAUCACAAUUCUGAUUUGUUUUUCUUCAAACUGUUUGACGAUGAGUGGGAAGAUUCUUUCAGGUGGUACAAGUGAUUUUGAAAAAGUUACUGAUAAUUUAGGAGUGUAUUUUUUUGAGCAGGCUGACAAAUUUCGGGACAAUAUUAUACAGAUUCAUGGCGAUACAGGAGCUACAGAAACAUUCACGAGCGCCAAACAGAGAUCUAUCAGGUUCGCCCUCAGUCUCAAAAAUCUCGGAGUGAAACCCGAUGAUGUAGUUUUGACAUGCCUCAAAAUGACCAUGGAUACCAUGAUCCCAGUAAUAUCCUCCUUGUUCUUGGGAGCCAGAUUCUCUGCGAUAGAUCCAGUCCAGACCGAGGAGGACUGGGCACACUGUAUAGGCAAAGUCAAGCCAAAAAUCAUAGUGGUCGAUGAAGAGCAAGUUGAGAGGUUAGAAAAAUGCUUGGAAACCAGAAAAAUCGAACUAGACAUCAUCGUUCUCGGAAAGUCCAAGGUGCAUAAGACUUUUCAUGAUUUGGUGAAGCCGUUUCCUGAAGAAGAAAAGGUUUUCAAGCCGAAACGUGUGGAUUGUCGCGAAACUGCUCUGAUUUUGUUCAGUAGUGGAACAACUGGGUUACCAAAAGCGAUGAAAAUGUCACAUUUUGCUCUCAUCAAUGGAGGAAUUAAUGUUGUGAAAUUCGGAAUUGUGGAUCCCAAGGUGGAAUUAUUGUAUUCAACAUAUUAUUGGGUGACCAGUAUAAUGGUGCUGAUAAGAGCAAUGAUUUUGGGAGGCUGUAGAGUUAUUGUCCCAAAAUUUGACCCAGAAAAUGCUUUGAGAAUCAUCCAAGAAUAUAAAGUGACAACCUGUUUUAUUCCUCCAAGAGUGACCAGACACAUUCUCGCUGUGAAGAAUAAGGAGGACUACGAUACUUCGUCUCUCCGUUGUUAUCUAUCAGGUGGUACGACGAUACCUCCAGAGCAGUACGAAGAGACAAGAAGGCUGUUCAAGAAUGCUCAUGUGUACAACGUCUACGGAUGUACGGAGAUCAGUGGUUUCAAUUCGAGCUUCAAUUACAAGAAAGACCCGAGUCAUUUGAAUAACAUCAAGUCAGUGGGAAAAUGUGCUCCAGAUGUGCAAAUUAAAAUCAUUGACGAACAAACGGGAGAAAUCUUGGGUCCCAAUGAACAAGGCGAGAUCUGCGUGAAAUCUCCUUACGCCAUGAUUGGGUACCUCAAUGAUGAUGAUUCCUCUAAAAUCGACAAAGACGGUUUCAUCAAACCUGGAGACCGAGGAUAUUAUGACGAAGAUGAGUGCAUUUACAUCGUGGGAAGAUGUACUGAAUCUUUCAAGUAUGGUGCUGUGAAGAUUCAUGGCGAUACAGGAGCUACAGAAACAUUCACGAGCGCCAAACAGAGAUCUGUCAGGUUCGCACUCAGUCUCAGAAAUCUUGGAGUGAAACCCGAUGAUGUAGUUUUGACAUGCCUCAAAAUGGGCAUGGAUACCAUGAUCCCGGUAAUUUCCACCAUGUUCCUGGGAGCCACAUUCUCUGCAAUAGAUCCAGUCCAGACCGAGGGGGACUGGGCACACUGUAUAGGUAAAGUCAAGCCAAAAAUCAUUGUGGUCGAUGAAGAGCAAGUUGAGAGGUUAGAGAGAUGCUUGAAGACCAGAAAAAUCGAACUAGGUAUCAUCGUUCUCGGAAAGUCCAAGGUGUAUAAGACUUUUCAUGAUUUGGUGAAGUCGUUUCCUGAAGAAGAGAAGGUUUUCGAGCCGAAACGAGUGGAUUGUCGCGGAACAGCUCUGAUUUUGUUUAGUAGUGGAACAACCGGGUUACCAAAGGCGAUGAAAAUGUCACAUUAUGGUCUCAUCAAUGGAGGAAUCAAUUCUUUGGAAUUCGGAAUUGUCGAUUCUAAGGUGGAACUAUUAUUCUCAACAUAUUAUUGGGUGACGAGUAUAAUGCUGCUGAUAAGAUCAAUGAUUUUGGGAGGCUGUCGAGUUAUCGUCCCGGAAUUUGAACCAGAGAACGCUUUGAGGAUCAUCCAAGAUUAUAAAGUGACAACCUGUUUUAUUCCUCCAAGAUUGUCCAGACAAAUUCUCGCAGUGAAAAAUAAGGAGGAUUACGAUACUUCGUCUCUCCGUUGUUAUCUAUCAGGUGGUACGACGAUACCUACAGAGCAGUUCGAAAACACCAGAAGGCUGUUCAAAAACGCUGAUGUGUACAACGUGUACGGAUCUUCGGAGAUCGGUGGUUUCACAAGCUUCAAUUACAAGAAAGAGCCGAGGCAUUCGAAUAACUUUAAAUCAGUAGGAAAAUGUGCUACAGAUGUGCAGUUGAAAAUUAUUGACGAACAAACGGGAGAAAUUUUGGGUCCCAAUGAACAAGGUGAGAUCUGCAUGAAAUGUCCUUACGCCAUGAUUGGGUACCUCAAUGAUGAUGAUUCCUCCAAAAUCGACCAAGACGGUUUCAUAAAACCGGGAGACCGAGGAUAUUAUGAUGAAGAUGAGUGCAUUUACAUCGUGGGAAGAUGUUCUGAAUCUUUCAAGUAUGGUGCCGUGAAGGUCGCUCCUGACCACUGGGAAUCAGUAUUAGAAGAAUAUCCUGCAGUUGAAGAAGCUGCAGUUCUAGGGAUACCUCAUAUCACCGAUGGCUAUCUUCCAGCAGCCUGCAUAGUCUUGAAGGAAGGAGUCUCUGCCACCGCCUCAGAAAUUGAAGAGUUCUUCAUCAAGCGAAUGACGAAGCUACAUAGGCUAGUGGGCGGUAUUAAGUUUGUCCCGAAAUUACCCAAAACACCUUCUUCGAAACUUCAGAGGAAAUACCUUUAUGAAAUAUUUUCGAAUUGUGCUUGAUGCUCUUACUCAUAUCGAUACAGUUGUUUCCUCCCAAUUUACGAUAUGAUGUCUGAGAAUAGGAAAUAAUAAAUUAGAUACUUAUC